AUGGGAACUGACUAUGCGCUUGUCCAUGUCAAGUACACCAUUCCACCGGCCGUGUUGCUCACUCUGCUGUACCGACCUCUGUUUACCAAGCUGGACGCCUACAAAGUCGGAUUCCUCGUGACGGUCGCCGUCGUCUCAACCAUCCCCUGGGACUCGUACCUCAUUCGCACCCGCAUCUGGAGCUACCCUAGCCAUGUCAUUAUUGGCCCGACGCUACUCGAUAUUCCCCUCGAGGAGGUUUUCUUCUUCAUCAUCCAGACUUACAACACGUCACUCUUGUACCUCAUUCUCACCCGCCCCACCUUCCAGCCAGCCUAUCUACACGCUGGGCGCCUCGCGUCACGAGCACAAGGGUCCUACCAGAAGCUCGCUGGACAGGUGGUUCUCCUUGGAGCAAUUGCGUGGGGAUGGUGCCGUGUUAGUGAGAAUGGGUUGGGGACUUACACCGGGCUCAUACUGGUCUGGUCGGGUCCCUUUUUGCUGCUGCUGUGGAGCCUUGCGCACCAGUUCAUCCUUGGCCUCCCGUUGACGAACACUCUGCUGCCCAUUAUACUUCCGACUCUCUACCUCUGGGUCGUUGACACCCUGGCCUUGCGUAGGGGAACUUGGGUCAUCAGCAAAGGCACCAAAUAUAGCGUGCACCUGUGGGACGGAUUGGAGAUUGAGGAAGCUCUUUUCUUCCUUGUGACAAACACACUCAUCGUUUUUGGUCAACUCGCCUUUGACAACGCCCUCGCCGUAUUGCAUACAUUUCCGACACUGUUCCCAGACCCGCCACUGUUACCGUCACCAGUAGUUCUCAUGCGUGCCCUUCUGACUCCGCGCUCACAAUACGAUGACGCACGCCUUACGGGUCUUCAGGAGGCCGUGCACCGCUUGAAAAAGAAGAGCCGUAGCUUUUACCUCGCUUCUUCGACUUUCCCGGGACUUUUGCGGGCUGAUCUAUUACUGCUUUACUCCUUCUGCCGCGUCGCUGAUGAUUUAGUGGAUAACGCUACUACAGCUCAAGAAGCCAAAGACUGGAUAACCAAACUGCACAGAUUUUUGGGCAUUGCGUACAGUGAGAACGGAUCAAAGACUUCAAUGUUGAAUCACAUUCAUAAUGAUUUUCCACUCGACGCCCAAUCCGCCCUACAGCAACUUCCAGUCACUAAGAUGUCGCGUCAGCCUUUAGAAGAUUUGCUUCGCGGGUUUGAGAUGGAUCUUGCUUUCAAUACUGCGCCUCCGAUUAGAACUGAAGCAGACCUACGGUUGUACUCUGAAAGGGUGGCUGGCACUGUAGCUCAAAUGUGCAUUGAGUUGAUCUUCAACUUAUACCCCAGUAACAUGACAUCCAAAGAGCAAUGUAAGAUUGUCAGCGCUGGAAAUCGCGCGGGCAUUGCACUGCAGUACGUCAACAUUGCACGAGACAUAGGUGUUGAUGCCAAGAUUGGUCGUGUGUAUCUACCAUCAACCUGGCUACAGGAAGUUGGGAUGAAUUACGACGACGUCCUGAAGGCCCCCAACGACCCGCGGAUAGAAAGGCUGCGCACGCGACUGUUGGACAAUGCUUUCUCCCUCUAUACAGAGGCCAAGGGCGCCAUUGAGCAUUUGCCAAUUGAAGCUAGAGGGCCAAUCAGGGUCGCCAUUGAAAGCUACAUGGAGAUUGGCAGGGCAUUGAGACAAGACGGUUAUAUAGUGAAAGCUGGACGGGCCACUGUGCCAAAAUGGAGGCGGUUGGUGGUCGCGUGGAAGACUUUACAUCUCACAGUCCCCGACAACUACACCGACGAAAAGACAUUUCUCGAUCAUCUCCAACGCAAUCCACGUCUGCAGCCUUAUGAAUUCUGGUCACUCAUGGCCGAUGUGUCCGUCAUUGUGCAGCAUCUUGCGUCAGUCGCCAUCUUCUGCUGUUGUUUCGUUGCCAUCAUUCAAGGCAGAGUGUCAUCUGUUUCAGUAGUAGGCUGGGCAAGCCUGUGUACCGUCUUGGGUUGGGUGUUGUGGGAUCAUUGGAUGGGGCAAGAGUUGGGUGCACCGCCAGAACCGUCUUCAACACAUACACCUACCAAUGACACGAGCGAGACUUCUUUUCCCGGCGCGUCAACUCUCUCACCGCGCGCUCAGCAGCGGCUAGCAACUGCAAAGUCUGCUGUGCUGAUCUAUGCUGCUCUGCUUGGUCUCAGCCCCAUCCUCAAGUCGUUGACACGCUCGACAACCAGUGAUUCCAUUUGGGCUAUCAGCUCAUGGUUACUGAUGAUGAAUGUUGCUUUCUUCGACUACAGCGGCGGUUCAGGUGCACAGUAA